AUGAAACCGUCUUCAACUUCCACCCAAAAGUGUCUCGUGUGUGGCUCGGAAAACACUCGUGGCAAGCACUUUGAUGUUCAGUGCUGCAGAGCCUGUGCGGUAUUCUUUCGGUAAGACCCCCAACCGAUUUGAUCUAUAAAACUAUUCAGACGCCGAGCAGGAACCAAGUACUUGAGUCUGAAGUGUCAAAGUGCCCAUUGUGAUCAAAAAGUGUACUUUUGUAAGCCGUGCAGACUUAGGAAGUGUUAUGAGGUUGGAAUGAAGACUGACAGUGAGUACUAGGACUCCAUUUGAAUGUAUUCUGGAUUUAAAAAGUGUUUUUAGAAUUUCAACAUAAUCGUGAUCCUCUGACGGUGAGAAAGCCAUCUCCGGAUAGUUUCGGACAUUUCCUCGGCCGCUCCCAAUUCGUGUUCUUCUGCUCUCCCGAACAAACUUCGUUCAAAAAAACGUUUAUCGAUAUGAGGGUUUUGAUAAGCCAAACAUCGAAGAUACUGCAAUUCGGACCGGAAACCCCGUACAUCGGACCCUCCCAACUUCACAAAUUGACAGCGUCCUUCAAUUUCUCGACGGCCGAUCCAAAAUGCGGAAAAUUUUACGAGAAACUCGACCAGAAAACAAUGGUCCGAUUCUGGGAGUAUUAUGUGUUUCGGACCGCCAAAUGGAUGAACAAUUUCGAGGAAUUUCAAAGCAUUCCACAUGAAAUGAAGGUAAGUUUUGCUAGAAUGUCAAAAAUCAACAAAAAAAAAUAAACCGAAUGAUUUCAGCUGCAGCUCGUUCUCUCGUUCUGGCAUGUUUUCGGACGACUGGACAAAUUGGCGGCGACGGCGAGAAGUCGAAGGGAGAAAGUGUGUGAGACGGACCGAAUGUGGGCGAUGAGCAAUGGGAUGAUGAUGGACAUGGAUCGGACGAAAGUGGAUUUCAAGUGGCUCACUGAUCAUUCACGGGACCAAGUCUUAUUGUGAGUUGGCUAUUCGAGUUUGUGAUCGACCGACUGAGCAAUUUUUCAGUUUCCUGAACAGCCUAACCACUUGGGAUCUGACGCCGUGUAUCCAGACAAUAGUAGACUUGGAAAUCACCGACGUGGAACUCAAUUAUAUGCUCGCACAACUCGCCUUCGCCUACGCCGGAAAACGAUUUCAAGGCGACGUCCUCAGAAUUUGCGAGAAGUUCCAAGAGACGCUGGCCAACGAUCUGCAUAGGUAUUAUGUGAACGAACUGAAAAUGCCGAGAUAUUUCGGGAGAUUGAGUCAACUCAUGAAGAUUAACAACGCCAUUCAGGUAGGUUCGACAAGUAUCGGAUCACAAAUCACAAAAAGGAAAAGCACAAAACACAGUGAUGCAAAUUUUCAGCGAGACAUAUUCGUGAAUCGUCCCCGCGCCGAGCUCGCCUCGCUUUUCAACGUCUUCAACGUGAAAUUCUCACACCCCGACAUGUUUUUCGAUACUGGAUUCUGCUAG